CAACUGCGUAUAUACGUGAAAGCUGGAUCAGUAUUUGCAAGAAAACGGCAAUUAGGACGAAACGCGAGCACUGGCAGGGCACGUGUUUUUGCAUCAGAACAUAAGGACACGCGCCAAUAGCACGUCAAUCACAGUUACCACGUGGUGCGUCGGCACACCACACAGGAGUGUUCUGCGAGUGUUUUGAUGAGCUCCCGCCAUCUUGGGAGGAAAGUGUUCUACAUAGCUCCGAAAAAAGGCGUCCAGUUUCCAACUACUUUGUGUUUCGAAGGGUUUCUCCUGUGUAGUGUGUUCUUCAGGAAUCUGCGAACGACAUGAGCCUAGACACCCUGCUUGAAGCGGCUAAAUACAUCGAAUAUAGGUCCGAAGCAAAAGCACGUGGUGAAAUACCUCAAGAUUACCAAACGUUUGCGCUGCUCAGUAGAAGCAAUGCCGAGGAUAUCAAAGUGAAUUCCAGGCAGCAGUUCCAGCACGCGUCCAAGUGUGACAAUUCCUCUGACUCUUUUUCGUCGAAUCACUGCGAUGACAGCAAGGACAAGAGAAGAUCUGGAGGUGCGGGCACAAGGGAGGUUCACAACAAACUUGAGAAAAAUAGGCGGGCACACCUCAAGGAAUGCUUUGAGACUCUCAAACGACAGCUGCCCAACAUGGACGACCGUAAGACAUCCAACCUGACAAUUCUGCGGGGAGCUCUACGCUAUAUACAGAGUCUCAAACGUAGGGAACGAGAAUAUGAACACGAAAUGGAAAGGCUAGCGAGAGAGAAAAUAGCUGCACAACAGCGGCUGGCAUCCCUGAAGAAAGAGCUUUCACUACAGCUAGACUAUUUGGACAUCAGUUCGAUCCUGCCUGAACAGGACAAUGAAACUACCACCACCGCAUCAGAAUGUGGCAACUACAGUGACUUGGACGACGAUCCAGAGGUGUCCCAAGAGUUGCCUGCCACACAUUCACCAUCCUCACCACCAUCCUCACCAAAACCUUCAUCUUAUUUAUGUGACACUAUAGUUUCAGGCAAUCCUGAUAAUCCAAAGCCACUAAGCACUGCCAACAACAAGGCAGUGCCUGUAGUCAGCUCCAGCACUGUGAUCACUAUCUCAAACAAUAAUGCUAUUCUCACCCUGGCUGGCGCUAAAGCAUCUGCAAGUGAACCUCAGAGCAUAGCCACGGUGGCUCCGAUGCUUCAGGCAUCACUAACAGGAAACAGAGUACAACCAGAAAUAGUUUCAAGCAGUGGGUUGGCAACAUUGGUAGCAUCUCAACAGCAGUCGCAGGUAGGCCCCACCAGCCUCGGUCUGCUCUCUCCCACCGUCCUGACCAAUGCGGGCGUCAAAGUCAUUGCAGCCUCCACAUCAGCCACUUCUCCGUCCCCCAACGGCCCUCUGGUAGCCCUGGCUGUUCCUUCAUCCUCCGUUUCUUGCUCCCCGGCUUCGAAGGCACAGUCGCUCGUUCGGGUGACGAGCGACUGCGGCAUGAAGGGAGUCACCUCGCCGGUUACCCUGGUGGCGACGCCGCACCAGGCAAAGUCCCUUUUCCUCAGUCCCGGUACCAGUGCAAGCGGUGUCGUGGCGUCGUCCAGUCCCGCCGUCAUCACCGUCACUCAGGGGACAGCGGCCAUGCGACGGGGGCUGCCGCAGAUCUUGACUCCACGGUCCAUGGCUCCAGCUGGUACUGUGAUUACGACGCCAGGUACCCUCAAGCAGGUCCGCACGACCGCUCCAACUUUGGCGCACGUGACCCACAUGGGCCAGGCGGUAGGGCAGAUCCCCCUGGUGACACCCCUGUCAGUGAUGGGCCACCCACAGGUGCUGGGCACUGCUCCGACACUCUUGAAGUCCGUGGGGCACCUGCCCGCGAUCUUGGGACAGCAGUUUCUGCCCCCAACCGUGGGGGCACUGGGUGCCCACCACGCCCAGUCGGCCAUCAUGAAGCCACUCGUGGUGGUCAGCGUCCCCAGUGUGGUCGUGCCGCAGUCGACCGCCUCUUCCUCCAGCAUAAGCAGUGCCCAGUGACACCCUGGUGAGGCUGGCAAGGCCUUGUUGUUCCUCAUUUUACGAUCCCUCCUCCAGUAUUGUUUUGACACCUCUUCUGCGUUGCCUUGUUAUGCCGAACAGAUAGUGGUAGCCAUUUCUCAACAAGUGCAGCAAUGUUUGCCGGCUCCUUUUUUUUUUCUUUUUUUUCCUUCAUUUUACGGUUAGCUUUACAGGCAAGGCAUUUUGGUCCGCUGAGGCGUAACUUGGGGCACUUGCGAAUCGCAUGCUGAAGGCUUACUAGCUCCUCACGGCAGAGUGGUAGCCUUCGGUACAGGAGGGUACCCCCCCCCUUUAUCCCUCCCAUGCGGCUGGUGCGGUUGAACAGUGCUGUCAAGUUGGUGUGUGGCCUAAGGUGAUGUACUUUCCCGUGGCCGUGGAUGUUGAUGUAGUGUCCGGUGUUACUUUUUUUUUUUUUUUUUGUUACUAAUCUGAGUAAAGAAAAAUGAACAGGUAAAUUUACCAUUCUUGUGGCAUUAAAAGUUAGAUGCAGUUCGUGCAGGCCAACCUCAGUGUAGUUGUGAUUUCCGCAGUUUAUGUGUGUGUGUUCUUAAAAGUCAAGUUUCUCCGUUUGUGAAAACCCUACACAGUAUUCUGUGUUCGAAAAUGUGGAUUAUUGUUCCAGCCCUGUUGCACAACUACUGGUCCACACUUCUGACGGUGCUCUUAAUUUUGUACGAUGAGUUGCGCUGCUGUGAACGUGGCAAGGACAAUUAUGUCUGGAUCGUAAAUGUCUCAGUAAGCCCACGAUGCAUUAACUUCAGAAUGAAUGAUAACAGCCAUGUCCUACCUUAAUUGUGCGUUUUGGCCACAGUGCCCUCUAUUGAAAGCAGAAUCCAUAGGCACUAGCAUUUGCAACCUUGCACAGUGGUCUGCCUGUGCAAAAGGUGGAACUCCUGGGCUUGGCACACCCUUCUUAAUAGCACAGGCCUUAUUGAAAAUUAAUUGGAUUGUGAUAGGCAAUCUCUUGUUCAGGUUAGUUUGAAGUUUGAAGUUUGUGCACAACAGCCCCAAGUUUUUUUUUUUCUGAAUAAAGUAAUAAAAUAAUUAUAGUAUAUAAAUAUAGAGAUAUGGGAUCUACCUGCAUGUUUAAUCUCUGGACCUGGCAGAAAAAAGUAAUAUUGAGAACUCAAGUCCCACAGAGUAACAACAACUUUAUUUUCGACCUUGGAGAGUGGGGAGUUUCAUCGCCACAGGCGAUACUCUACCCCAUUGCUGAAUUGCCCAUUGGUGAAUUUAAGUGGUCCGCGAUUUGCCAGACCCACAGAGUAAACGUCACUCUAACUACAUAAUUGACACACUCUUUAAAGUGUCUGUGCACGUGACAUGGUUGGGGUGCCUGAGCUGGGUGGCGUGUAUUAAUUGUGCGAGCCUGUUAAUUAUGGUGGUAAAUACCGUACAUACGUGGUGUACAUACGGUACCGUAAAUACCGUACAAUUAACAGUGAAGGGGCUGUGCUGAGAGCUCUGCCAACAGCAAAUGCUACCUGCAGUUUUUUUUCCCCUCCCACAGCUUAUGAUAAAAUGUCUGCAGGUAGCACUUCAUAAGUCUUCAUGUCUUGACGCACAUUAUAUUUUUACAAAAUUGGGGGUAUGCAGCAGAACCAUUCAUGGUAUGUUUCAUGUGAGCAGUUCUAUUUUAUAUUCAUAUGUUUUCAAGGCCAUUUUUGAUAUGGUCAUCCGAUUGCUCUUUAAGUCUAGCCAAUGUUCAUGCCCCAUACUUGAUUGCUGCUUCACAACGGUGGAAAACUUGCCUGCUCAGCACAAAGAACCUUGAUCUGCAUGGACAUUGCUGAUAAGAGGGGGCAGAACAUGAAGAUAUGUGGAAGCAGACAGAUAAUUCUGGUUGCUUCAUAGACCAGCACUAGUAGUUUUUCACAAAAGCAUGCCUGUUUGGAUUUGACAAUAUGCUUUAGUAACUGCUUUUGUGUUUAUUAUGUCAAACAAGACUGCCACAAAGCCUCCCCCUUUAACAUAGUAUGCCUGAUGCUUUCCACAUGCAUUAUUUUCUUCAGAACUAGCGAAUGAAUCGGCAUCAAGUUGAGUUAGCACGGUACAUACAAGCGGAACCACCUAGUAAACCUGACAAUCAAAAUCUUAACUUUGUGGUUCGUUGUUCUCCUCAUUCAUUGUCGGCUUGAUUAGUUAAUUGUCUGUGGUGUCACCGGAAAAAAACAAAAUCUGGAGGAAGGAGAGGUUUUUUUCAGUUUCUGACAAAGUUCCAAGGAAACGUACUGGUGACCACUUUGUGCUACUCAUUUUUUUCUUUCUUUUUUUAAUCUACCUUCAAGUAUCAAAAUUGCACUUCUGGUGCACCAGUGCCCUUGGACUGCAAAGAUGUCCUCUCCCAAAGGAGCAAUACUAAGUUAUUGCCAUUUUGUAUGAUAAUGUGUAAAGUAUUGUGUAUUUGCAUGUAAUUUACGUGUGUGUUUACGUGCUUGCGGCACAUGCCGAGCACUGGAAACGUAAUUUAUUUGCCAUUAUACCCACCUUUAGAAGGGAUGACGUGUAUUGGUAAUUAUUUAUGGAUGCCUCAUUGUUUAGGUAAAGGUACUGUACACUUUUGAUGUAGUAGAAUGUUCACAUUCCAUGUACAUAUUUGUGUAAUAUAAACACCUUGUUUAUCUAUUAAA